AUGGCGGCUCCCAGCCUCCUCAACUGGAGGCGGGUUUCCUCCUUUACGGGGCCGGUCCCCCGCGCCCGGCACGGACACCGGGCCGUGGCCAUCCGGGAGCUGAUGAUCAUCUUUGGAGGGGGCAACGAGGGCAUCGCGGACGAGCUGCACGUCUACAACACGGUUACAAAUCAGUGGUUCCUACCAGCUGUUAGAGGAGACAUCCCUCCAGGUUGCGCUGCCCAUGGAUUUGUCUGUGAUGGUACCAGAAUAUUAGUAUUUGGGGGAAUGGUUGAAUAUGGAAGAUACAGCAAUGAGUUAUAUGAGUUGCAAGCAAGCCGUUGGUUAUGGAAAAAAGUGAAACCUCACCCCCCUUCUUCUGGUUUACCUCCUUGUCCUCGUCUUGGACAUAGCUUCUCUUUAUAUGGUAACAAAUGCUAUUUGUUUGGUGGUCUGGCAAAUGAAAGUGAAGAUUCGAACAAUAAUGUUCCCAGAUAUUUGAAUGAUUUCUAUGAGUUGGAGCUACAGCAUGGCUCUGGUGUUGUGGGUUGGAGCAUUCCAGUGACUAAAGGAAUUGUGCCUUCUCCAAGAGAAUCCCACACAGCUGUCAUAUAUUGCAAAAAAGAUUCUGGAAGUCCUAAGAUGUAUGUCUUUGGUGGAAUGUGUGGUGCUCGCCUGGAUGAUCUAUGGCAACUUGACUUAGAAACUAUGUCUUGGUCAAAACCAGAAACUAAAGGGACAGUGCCACUUCCACGAAGCCUUCACACAGCCAGUGUUAUAGGAAACAAGAUGUACAUUUUCGGUGGAUGGGUUCCACAUAAGGGGGAGAAUAUUGAGACUUCACCUCAUGAUUGUGAAUGGAGAUGUACUAGUUCAUUUUCUUACCUAAAUCUCGAUACAGCAGAGUGGACCACCCUAGUAUCAGAUUCUCAGGAAGAUAAAAAAAAUUCAAGGCCAAGACCAAGAGCUGGACACUGUGCUGUUGCAAUUGGCACUCGAUUGUAUUUUUGGAGUGGAAGAGACGGCUACAAAAAAGCUCUGAAUAGUCAAGUUUGCUGCAAGGAUCUUUGGUAUCUUGAUACUGAGAAACCGCCGGCACCAUCACAAGUACAGCUGAUCAAGGCCACUACCAACUCUUUCCAUGUCAAAUGGGAUGAAGUGCCCACAGUUGAGGGCUAUCUUUUGCAGCUGAAUACAGACUUACCUUACCAAGCUGCGUCAUCAGAUUCUACAGCAACACCAAAUAUGCAAGGAGUCAGAAUGGACCCUCACAGACAAGGCAGUAAUAGCACCAUUCCUAACAGUAUCAGUGAUACAAUGAACAGUACAAAAACUGAAUAUACAGCUAUGAAAGGAACUUCUGUGAAAAACAGACCAGAUCUCAAAGCAUCAACUGAUUCUAACGCUACUUUACAUUCAUCUUUGGCAACUAAUGCUUCUAAUCAUCAUAGUUGUGUCGUGGAUGUGCUAAGGAAAAACGAAGGUCCUCAUACUUCAGCAACUAUAGGUGUUCUAAGUAGUUGCCUGGACUUAAGAACAGUAAUCCCCGAAACUUCUGUAUCCAGUUCUGUUUCCAGCGCACAAACUAUGGUAACCCAGCAGACCAUUAAAACUGAAUCAUCCAGUACAAAUGGGGCAGUUGUUAAAGAUGAAACUUCACUAACAACAUUCAGUACCAAAUCUGAAGUUGAUGAAGCAUGUGCAUUGCCUGCAUCUAAGAUCAGCCGUGUAGAAGCACAUGCUACAGUGAUGCCAUUUUCUAAAGAGACUCCUUCAAAUCCAGUGGCCACAAUGAAAGCAGGAGAACGACAGUGGUGUGAUGUAGGAAUUUUUAAAAAUAAUACAGCUUUGGUGAGCCAGUUUUAUUUGCUGCCAAAAGGAAAGCAAAGCAUCUCAAAGAUAGGAAAUGCAGACGCACCUGACUACAGUUUACUUAAGAAACAAGAUCUGGUUCCAGGCACAGGAUACAGAUUCAGGGUUGCUGCCAUCAAUGGUUGUGGAAUAGGCCCUUUCAGCAAAAUCAGUGAAUUUAAAACUUGUAUUCCCGGUUUUCCUGGAGCUCCUUCUGCAGUCAGAAUUUCAAAGGUCCUGCCCCUCUUUAGAGAAGAAAAGAUCUGCUUUCAGAAUGUUGAGGGUAUCCAUCUCUCCUGGGAACCUCCAACUUCCCCUUCUGGAAAUAUUUUGGAAUAUUCAGCCUACUUGGCUAUCCGCACAGCACAAAUACAAGAUAAUCCAAGUCAACUUGUGUUUAUGAGGAUUUAUUGUGGUCUUAAGACAUCAUGUAUAGUAACUGCCGGGCAGCUUGCAAAUGCACAUAUCGAUUAUACAUCCAGGCCUGCCAUUGUGUUCAGGAUAUCGGCAAAGAAUGAAAAGGGAUAUGGACCAGCUACACAAGUUCGAUGGCUUCAAGGUAACAAUAAAAAAGCACCUUUAAAUUGAAUUUUUUUUUUUACUGAAGCUAUUGUGAUGAUUAUUUAUUAGUAACUGGUUUUGAAGAUUUGUCAUUUUAAAGAGUAUUCUCUGACUGUAUUUCUAGCACUUAUGAGUUUGAGUUUGUAAGUUGUUCUUAAAAUGUAUUUGCUCAAUUUUAGAUCCAAAUAAAAAUAGAAAAGAAGCAAAGACUCUCUGAAAAUUAGUAUAUGGAUUCGUCCUUACAGUUACAUAACUGCUUUUUUAUAAAGUAAAAUAGUAAAGAUAAAAGCUAGAAGGCUUUAUUACCCCAAUAUCUUUUCUAAAGGCCAUGUAACUCAGUCAUCCUAGAGUUAUUGAGAUGAUUCUAGUAACUGGCUGUUGUACACUGCGCUGUCUUACAUAGUAAAUAUUCUCUUCGUUGUCAAGGACCCGUCUUUGACUACUCCCUUUAACUUUAUUAUUCUAGAUGAGCAGCGGUCCUAUUAACACCUAUCUUCUAGUGAAUAACAUUUGUGAUACUAAUUUUGAUAGCCGCUAUUUGAUUCAUUUCUUUGUCUACAGUUAGCACAAAGCUUAAGAAAUUACAAAAGAAAGAAAGAAAGAGGAGAGUUUAGAAACUCUGAUUUUGAAUUUUUAUUAUUUUCCAAGAAUCAUGGCAAAAUACAAAAAAAGUAAUGGGUUUUCUUGAUUCAUACCUGAUAUAUUGGAAUACAUUUUUGGCCAAAGCACUUAACUUACCCAGUCCUUGGUUUCCUUGUUAAUAGAAGACAGAGUUAAAAUAAUUUACGUUUAAGGUUUCUUUCAGCACUAAAAUUCUGUAUUUUCGUCAGAAGCAAAGUAUAUCUGUGAACAUUUUAACAUCUGUCUUAAUGGCUUUAACUUUGCUUUUGCUGAAAUUAAGAAAACCUUCAUAAUUUAAAAUUCAAUAUUGAAAUACAUAUGUCCUCCUCACUGCAGAAAGAAAGAAGCACCUUAACAGAACACAAGUUUUGAAAUAGUGUUUUAAACAUUUGUAAGAUUUUUGUAAAUGCUCUAAAUGUUUUAUUUUUGCAUUGUUUUUACCUCAAAAUUGUAUAAACUUUUUUACAACUGAAAUAUAAACAUUAGACAGCUCACUCAGGUCCCACUGCAACCUUAAAGAUACAGAUAGGCAUGAUGGGUCCUCUGCCACAGGUAGCUUGUUUUGAACCUUUUUGGAAUGUCAUGGUUCCACUGCCUGUUCAGAUCUGGAAUGGAAAUACAGAGCAAUAAAUGCAGAAAAGGUAGUUCACACUACGAGCUGCAAUAACCGCGCGGGCCCAGGCCUGUCUUUUUUAUACCAUGUAACCUUAUGCCAGUUUAGGUUGACUGAGUAGCUGUGUCCUCGAGCGUCACCUAGAAUACUCCCAGCCAAGAUGGAUUUAAUUGUGCAGAAUUGAUAUAUAUGUAUGUUCCAGUUACUAAUUUAAAGUGUAUAGAAUAUUUUAAUAUAUAAUUUUUGUAAAGAACUGGGAUUUUUAUACUACAGUAUUUGUAAUUAAUGUGUCUCACUAAUUAAGUUUCUCUUGAAGAAAAUAUGCAAACUGUUAGACACGUAAUGAGUGAUUUCCAAACUCUAAAGGUAAAAUAAAUGCACUACUCUGGUGUUGUUAGAAUACCUUUUUUGUGGCUGUAUGAAUCUUUAAUCUUUAAAUGUGUAUUUUACAAAUAAUGUUUACAAGGAGCUUCUCUGGUUUGUUAUGUCAGCACCUCCCUUGGUGAGAGCUUCAUUCUGCAUUUGUUAAAUUCAUAUGCUUUGCUUUUAGCAUAUGCUUGCUUUUUGCACUAGUAGAAUUUUAACUUACCUCAUUAUUAUGUUUGUAAUCAUUUGUAUAGCUUCCACAAUAUGUCUGAUAUAGGCUAAACAAAUACUUAACCAAAGUUAAAAUAAAUGGUAAGCAAUUUUGCACAUAUUAAAUGCUAGGGUUUGUUGUGUAUAUGUGUGUGUUUAGUUAUAAAAAGAGUAAGAAUGGAAAGUUAGAGUAUAUGUUUCAAGUCCGAUUAUUUUAAUGAUCUGUUUGCUUUAUUAGAAAAAGGUCUCGCUUUUAACUCCUUAUUCUCUGCAUUAACAAUUUGCGUCUCAAGGCGUUUCUCUUAAUGACAAGGACUAAGUUGACUUUAAGCAAAGAAUAGAAUAUUUGAGUGUGCACAUUUAUACCUAUUUAGUAUUCGGUUUAGUUUACUUUGCUUACAUGCCUCAACUGUGCUGUGAACCUGUGGUUCUAACAUACAUUUUAUUUUCUAGAGAGAAAGGCAUUCUUUCUGUUUACCAAGGGAUUUGUGAAAAUAACAAAUGUUUUUACUUUGAGGAUCAGCCCAGAUUCUGUUAUCAUUUUUUGGCAUUUGUACAUUAAGCCGCAGUCACAUUUAUGGGUGACUAAAAAAAUGCCAUUGAGAAAUCUCUGUGGCUUGACAUUAAUAGUUAAUAAUAGAUCUUCAAGCUGUGUGUUCAUGAAUAGAAUGGAUUAGGGUAAAUAACAAGAGAAGUGCAUUUAGCUUCCUAUGUUUUGCACAUUUUCUGAGUGAAGAUCCCUGAGUAGCAGUGGGCUAGAUCAUGCUGAUACCUUUCAUAAGAGGAUUUAUGCUGAGUUAAAUGACUUUCUUUCUCCUCCCUACUGGAUAGGUAAUUCAGAUGUACAAACCUUUGUGCCACAGUCCUCUUCCUGGGCUCUAAAACUUUAGUUCACAUGUGUAGUAAAAAGAUUUUGAUGUUGCAUGCUCUUAGAAUUAUGUUUUCUAAAAUAUUGUAUUGGCUUCAUUUUAGUUUAGUAAACUGUUUUGGCAAUUUAACUAGAAAUAGGGUAUUAUAAACUCAUUUUUAUCCACUUAAAAAAAACAACAACAGAAAUAAUCUGAUUGCAUGUAUGAGGCCCCCUUGCCCUGUAACCCAAUUACAUAAAUACAAUCAUCUAUAAGAAAGUAAAACUGUUGAUCCAUUAUUUCAGACUUGUAGCCUAGCAAGGAUUUGUUCUGGUUAGAGAGACGGUCUACUAUAAAUGAAGGUAUUUUUAUUUUUAAAAAUUGCAGCACUUGUAGCAUAAAAUUCAUUUGUAACAUUGGCUAUGAAGAGAUAAUUAGUAUUUAAAGUUAUUGUCGUAAUAUGACCAUGAAUGAAAUAGGUUGCAAAAUAGACUUGGUCUUUGACUGCUUAAGGUAUAAGUGACGGUCAAGUUUUCCAGGACUGAUUUUAGGCAGUUUUAUGUAUUAUGUACCAAUGAUAUGUAAAAUAAAGCACCUUUUCUAUUAUAAUCAAUUACAGGUGUUAUUUAUUUUGAACUCUAUGAGAGAAAAAUU